GAGUGUUUCUUGGUUUGAGAGAUGUUAAGUUAUCUUGAAAUCCAUAUGGAGCACACAGUAUUCACUGUAACUUGGGAAAAACUUUCAGGCGCACCCUUCGAAGUCUUUCGUCUUCCACGGUUAAGGUUUGAGCACGGAAGCCCCUCGAUGCUUCGGUGCCUGAGAUUUCACGCUGACACACUACGGCAACCUCCAAACCGACGGUGCGCUCAAAGCUCGAAGACCCCGAACAACCAAUUCACAAAGAAGACGAUUGCAACUGCCAUGUCUGUCGAGGCUACCACUCCCGCCGUAGAGGCCACUGCUUCCCCUUCCACCCUCACCCGCCCCACCAAGCCUGAUGACGCCGCCUUCAUCGCUGCCCGUACCGAGAUCGAGAAGGAAAUCGCCGCCAUCGAGGCUCAAUUGAAGCCCGUCCAGGCUCAGAUCUCUUCUCUCGGCAAGAAUGGUGCCGGUGGCGAGCGCAACAAGGAGCUCAAGGCUCAAUUGGACGAGAUCAAGACCAAGCAAGCCGCCGGCAAGUCCGAGAAGGGCAAGAUCCACGAGCGUGCCCGCAUCCUCGACGACCAGAUCAAGAAGAAGAUCGCUGACCUCCAGGCCGCGAAAAAGAAGGCUCCGUCUACCAACCCAGCAGAGAUUACCGCCCGUAUCGCCGACUUGGAGGCCGCUGUCGAGUCCGGUUCCAUGAAGCUCGUCGAGGAGAAAAAGGCCUUGGCCGAGAUCUCCAACCUCAAGAAGGCCCGCCGCAACGCCGAGGGUUUCGAGGCUCAGCAGGCUGAGAUCGAUGCUCUCCGUGAAGAACAGCGCUCCAUCCGGGCCUCCCUCGACGACCCCGAGUCUCGUGCCCUCUCGGCGCAAUACGACACCAUCCGCGCCGAAAUGGACAAACUCCGUCUCGAAUCCGACGUAGCCUACAAAUCCCGCAACGCAACCUACGAAACGCGCAACGCCCUCAAGACGACCUUGGACGAGGCGUACGCCAAGAAGCGAGCAUUGCAGGACGAGUUCUACACAAACAAGAACGCGUACAAGAUCUACGAGGCCGAGGAGCGCCAGAAGCGCUUUGACCGUCAGCGCGCGGAACGCGAGAAGGAGCAAGCCGAGCGAAGACGUGAGGCUGCUGCCGCACAUAUGGAGGAAGCUUCUCACCCCGCUUUCGAGGUCGAGAUCAUCCAGGCGGAGAACUUGUUGAAGUACUUUGACCCCUCAUUCGUUGCUACCUCCGACUCGUCCGCCUCGCUCAAGCCCAACUCCACCGGAAAGCUCGCCGCUCGUGAGGUCACCCAGGCCACCGCACCCCAAGGCACCAUCCUCCGCCGCAAAGACGACGACGAAGUUCUCUUCGCCCCCAAGAAAGGCAAGGCCGCCCGUAACAACCGCACCCCCGCCCCCGCGGCAUCAAAGUUCAACAUCGAUCUCGGCACCAUGAACUCCCUCUCCAAGCUCAACAUCCAGCCCCCGAUGAGCGCCGAAGACCAGCCCCGUGUCGUGGAGGAGUUGAAGAAGAAGGUCACUUGGUGGAAGGAGAACCAGGAGAGAGUCACCAAGGAGAACGUGGAGAAGGCGAGGAAGGAGGUUGAGAGGCUUGAGAAGGAGGCGAAUGCGGCGGAGGAGGUGAAGGCGUAAAAGUGUGAUUCUGGACGAUUUAGAGAGUGCACGUCGCUUACCGGUACCGUACGGUUGUUACAUGGGGAG